CACAAAAGUUUAUUGUAAAGUAGUUUACUACAUGAAGAUAAAGGUAGGAAAACUGAAGGGUGAAGCAAGUUACAUGUAUUUUAAUAGAAAAUAGCCGAAUUUUAAGCCUCACGCAAUUCAAUCUCACAAAUCUCAUUUAAAAUAAUGAAUCUCAAAAUUUUAAGAGUAAUGUUAAACUGUGAGAAUAAUUAAAGAAAAUUUACCACCUUUGAGAUAAUUAACUAACUAGCAAGAAUCAGUAUAUAUGAUUAGAGUUUGAAUUAUCAAUUUCCCAUUCUUAGGUCGGAUCAAACCCAAUGGGUUUCUGGGUAAAAAACUUGUCUUAAACUUUUAAGGAAUAAUUUUUUCAUAGAUUUGUUGAGUGUAAUCAUCAUCAGAUCAAAUGGUAAUCCAAAACUUCAAAGAUCCUACAGUUUUCAUGGAGCGAGAUACAUUUUUGUCUAAAUUUCUGCGUAAACUAUCUAUCCAGUUGAAUUAUAUUCCUGGUGGAUCCACCAAAAUACGAAAAAUAUUCGGUUUCCUUUCAUGGCUUGGAGUAGUUGAAGUUGCCCUUCUUUGCAGCCGUGACUCCGUAUUGAUAUUUCUGGAUGAUGAUUCUGAUUACAUCUACAUCUUUGGUGAUUUUGCAGCUCCAGCUGGUAAAUUCCGCAAGCAGGCGACUCUCAUCUUUCUUCUUUACCUCUAUGGCAGUCUUUAUUCAGCAAUAUAUUUAGUUCGCACUCAAAAAUCACCAAAAUAUCAGGUAUGGAUCAAAAUGUUCAAAGCUUAUGACAACAGGAGUUGGCUAAACCAAAAGGCUGAAUUACAUCGUUUAUAUUGGCUGACAACUCGAAUAGAGUUAAUUUACUCAAUAUCAAUCACCAUUUCGUUGAUCUUUUUAUCAGCUGUCCUCACGAUUACUUUCCCUCCACGAUUCAUCCACUACACUUUGGCUCAUCAGUUAUUAAACAUCCACGGAGGUUACAAUUCAUGCAGCUAUUGGGGAAUCUCCUAUCUUUUGUUUCCAUCCUAUGGUUACUUGUUGGGUCAACGAUUGGAUAAAAUAUCUCACAAUCUAAAUAAAUGUUUGGAGCAAAUUAAUUCAAAUUAUUGUGUUCGCCAUCAAAUUAAAAGUACCACAAUUAGAAUUGGAAAUAUAAAAAGUGUAACACCACGUAAAUUAAUUAACCAGUUGACAAAACAGCUGAAACAGUUACAUAAUGCUUGCCUCUUCUGGUCUCGCAUAAGUGAACCCACUUUUCUUAUCUCUUUCAUCAACCAGGCUCUUCUUCUUUAUCUUAUUUUUUUCGUUCCCAUGUCAACUGGUUUUCGCUGUUUUCUCGCGGUUCUUGGUAUUUUUAAUUUCAUCUCUGGUCAAUGUUGUCACUUUUUUGCCGGAAUUUAUACUCAAAAAAAGAUCGACAAUUGCAUUAAAACAGCUCUAAAGCUUGGUUAUUCCCAGAUUGAUUGGCGUACCAGAUUCACCGUUCUCAGUGUGCUUGAAGCUGUCCAAGAAAGAAAGUUUUUCACCAUUUUCAAUGCGAUUGAGUUUUGCUCGGAACAUUAUUGCUUGGUCCUACUUGAAGGUGUUUCACUUCUAAUGCUGAUGAUCGCUACAUAUGGAUCAAGAAAUUGAAUGGUGCUUGAAAACAAAAAGUUUCAUUUUGAGAUAAAUAUUUAACAAGCAGACCUAUCUUAAUCAAUGAGCACAAUACAUUCAAUCCACUUUUAAAAGGCUCAAAUUAUUAGUGUAAAAAACCAAAAUCAAAAUGAAAAAACUAGAAUAAAAUCUAGUUCUAAAAAUGAA